AUGGCUCGCACCUCGUGGAAACUGGCACUCCUUGGUGCCUUGCCGGGACUGUCGUCUGCAGCUCUACCCACUGUUGUAGGGGACUCGUGCAACCAGUAUGCCGGGGUUGCCAACGCGACGACCGGGGUGACCAAGUGGCUUGGGAUUCGAUAUGCCGCCCCGCCCGUUGGUGCUUUGAGGUUCAUGCCUCCUCAAGAUGCGCCUUGCCAGACGGGUGUUCAGAACGCAACAGAGCAUGGGCCAAUUUGCAUAGGAACAGGAGAAACCGAGAGUCCUACUCGCUCUGAAGACUGUCUUUUUCUCGACGUCUACGCGCCGUCUAACGCCACGUCCACUUCCAAGCUCCCGGUUGUCAUGUUCAUCCAGGGCGGCGGCUUCAACAAGAACUCCAACCACAACUACGACGGCACGGGGCUGGUCAAGGCUGGCGGUUACGAUCUGAUCGCCAUAACCUUCAACUAUCGCGUCGGGCCCUAUGGCUUCCUCACUAAUGGGGACCAGGUCGAGCCCAACAACGGGCUGAAGGAUCAGCGCAAGGCGCUCCAGUGGAUAAAGAAGAACAUUGCGCAGUUCGGCGGCGACCCAGACCACGUCGUCCUCAUCGGCGGUUCGGCGGGAGGGGCGAGCAUCUCCCUGCACCUGAUCGCGUACGGCGGCAGGGACGAGGGCUUGUUCCACGCCGCAGCCGCCACCGCGGUGUCGUUCGCGACGGUGCUUACCGUGGAGGAGUCCCAGUACCAGUACGACAACUUUGCCGUCCUCGCGGGCUGCGCAGUCGCCGACUCGCUGGCCUGCCUGCGGUCAAAGAACACCUCGGAGCUGCAGGCCGCCAACCAGCCGGGCCCUUACCCGGGCGCCGCCCAGACGCCGCUGUACAUGUGGAACGCCGUGCUCGACGGUGACAUGCUGAGGGAGCUGACCUAUACCGCCUUUGAAGAGGGGAGGUUCCUCCGCGUUCCAGUCAUUUUCGGCACGGCAACAAACGACGGGCGGUCUUUCGCGCCCCGAGGAACCUCGACUCUCGGCCAGAGCAACACCUUCCUGAGGAACCAGUUCCCGUACGUGACCAUCGAACAGCUCGGCAGGAUCAACAGCAUGUAUCCAAACGAGAACAACACCUGCCCCGACACAGGCUGCUACUUUGGGCAGGCCAGCGCAGCCUACGGUGACAUUCGCUACAUGUGUCCUGGGAUGUGGAUCUCUUCGAUAUAUGAAAAGUUUGGACAGGGCAGCAGGUCGUGGAACUACCGAUAUGACGUCGAGGACCCGAAGUAUAUGGCCUCAGGAGAGGGUGUGCCGCACACGGCCGAGAUCCACGCCAUCUUCGGCCCCGAGUACACUCUCGGUGCGGCAGCGGCAAGCCUUUACCCCGGGCAGAGCAAUGCGCACGCCGUCGAGGUCACGCAGGCAUACUGGACCAGCUUCAUCAGGACUCUGGAUCCCAACAAGCACAAGCUCGCCGACGCGGUCCAUUGGGAUACCUGGACCGACGCAGAUCACAAGCGAUUGCUCAUCUCGACGGGCGGCAAGUCGAGCAUGGAGGUUGUGGACGGCAAAACGCGGGAGCGGUGUGAAUAUAUCACGUCGAUUGGUGUUGCUAUCAAGCAAUAA